AUGGGAAAUCAUCGUAUUAUGAAAUGGAAACCAAAUACAAAUGAAGGAGAAAUUGUUGCUGGUGAAUAUGAACAUGGAAACAAAAUCGGCCAGUUGAAUUUGCCAACGGAUGUGGUUAUUGAUGAAGAAAAUAAUUCAUUAAUUAUUACUGAUAAACACAACAGACGAGUAGUUCGAUGGUUUAAUGGAACUCAACAAGAAAUUCUCAUUGAGAAUAUUUCAUGUCCUUCUAUAGCAAUAGAUAAAUAUGGAUAUAUUUAUGCUUCAGAUUUAGAGAAAGGUGAAGUGAGAAGAUGGAAAAUUGGAGAAAAUGAAAAAGAAACAAUAGUUGCUGGUGGAAAUGGGCCAGGAAAUCAGCUCAAUCAAUUGGAUGCACCUUAUUUUAUCUUUGUUGAUGAUGAACAAUCAAUUUAUGUUUCAGAUCACGCGAAUCACUUUGUAAUGAAAUGGUUGAAAGACGCAAAAGAAGGAAUUAUUAUCGCUGGUGGAAAUGGAAAAGGAGCAAAACUAAAUCAAUUGAAUCGCCCUGAAGGAUUAUUUGUUGACGAUUUUGGUCAAAUCUAUGUGGUAGAUAGGGAGAAUCACCGAAUAAUGCGCUGGAAUCAGGAAAGGAAAGAAGGUGAAAUUGUUGUUGGUGAAAAUGGACAAGGACUAGGUCCAAAUCAAUUGAGUAAUCCAAUGGAUUUAUCAUUUGAUAUCGAAGGAAAUCUUUAUGUUAGUGAGUGGGAUAAUCAUCGAAUUCAAAAAUUUGAUUUAAUUUUUGAAUGA